AUCUGUGAAACUCCUAGCCUAGAAGGCAGACCUAUAAAGAAGUCUGUGAAAAUGUGAAUACUAUGCCAAGUGCUAUGGGAAGGCAGAAGAGGAGCUGUAAAAUUGGCUUGGAUGCAAACUCAAAUGGCAAAGGGGCCAGACAGAUAAUGCAAGACAAACACAGAGCAUUUGUACUCAGGGUACACAUUCUCCUUCCAUUUGACUGGGACGCUGGAUAAACCUCUAGAAAAUGGCCACUCAGGAGGAGGCAGCUGAAGAGAGGAUUUCCCAGUAUGAUUAUGCUUGGCUCCCGGAACUGUCUGCUCUUCUGGGCAUAGAUGCAGUUCAAUAUGCAAAGGAAGCAGAAAAACAGGAGCAGAAAGAUCGAGAACAAAUGCAAAAAGGCUUUAACUCAGAAAUGCGCAGUGAAGCAAAACGGUUAAAAACUUUCGUGACCUAUAAGUCCGACUGCUCGUGGACACCACAGGAGAUGGCAGCAGCUGGAUUUUAUUUCACUGGCGUAAAAUCUGGGAUUCAGUGCUUUUGCUGUAGCUUAAUUCUGUUUUGUACCAGCCUCCGGAGACUCCCCAUAGAAGACCACAAGAAGUUUCAUCCAGAUUGUGAGUUCCUUUUGGGCAAAGAUGUUGGUAACAUUGCCAAGUAUGAUGUGAGAGUUAAGAAUCCAGAGAAGCUAAGAGGAGACAAAGCAAGGUACCAAGAAGAGAAGGCCAGACUCGAGUCCUUCAAGGACUGGCCAUUUUAUGUCCACAGGAUAUCCCCAAGGGAGCUUUCAGCGGCUGGCUUUGCCUUUACAGGUAAACGGGACACUGUACAGUGUUUUUCCUGUGAUGGCUGUUUAGGAAAUUGGGAAGAAGGAGAUGAUCCUUGGAAGGAACAUGCCAAAUGGUUCCCUAAAUGUGAAUUUCUUCGAAGUAAGAAAUCCUCAGAAGAAAUUACUGAGUAUAUUCAAAGCUACAAGGGAUUUGUUGGCGUCACGGGGGAACAUUUUGUGAAUUCCUGGAUCAAGAGAGAUUUACCUAUGGCACCAGGUAUAAAGGACAUCAUCCAGUGUUUUCUCUGUAGAGGAUGUUCAGAAAAGUGGGAGGAAGGUGAUGACCCAUUAGAAGAUCACACCAAACAUUUUCCUAAUUGUCAGUUUCUCCAAAAUAUAAAGGCCUCUGCAGAAGUGAUUCCAGACCUUCAGAGCCAUGGUGAACUUUCUGAAUUAACGGAAACCACAAGUGAAAGCAAUCUUGAAGAUUCAGCAGCAGUUAGUUCUAUCGUGCCAGAGAUAGCCCAGUGGUUUCAGGAGGCAAAGAGUCUGAGUGAGCAACUGAGAAAAGCCUACACCAAUGCCAGUUUCCGCCGCAUGUCUUUGCUUGAGGUGUCUUCUGGUCUAGCCACCAACCAUUUGCUGGGUUGUGAUCUGUCCCUUGCUUUAAAGCACAUCAGCACUCCUGUGCAAGAGCCUGUGAUGUUGCCUGAGGUCUUUGCCAACUUGAACUCUGUCAUGUGUGUGGAGGGUGAAGCUGGUAGUGGAAAGACAGUCUUCCUGAAGAAAAUAGCUCUUCUGUGGGCAUCAGGAUGCUGUCCCUUGUUAAACAGGUUCCAGCUGGUCUUCUAUCUCUCCCUUAGCUCCACCAGACUGGACCAGGGGCUGGCCAACAUCAUUUGUGACCAACUCCUAGAGACAGAAGGAUCUGUUACUGAAAUGUGCCUGAGGAGUAUCAUCCAGCAGUUAAAGAAUCAGGUGUUAUUCCUUUUGGAUGACUACAGAGAAAUGUGCUCAGUCCCUCAAGUCUUACAAAAACUGAUUAAAAAAAACUACUCAUCAAGGACCUGUUUAUUGAUUGCUGUCCAUACAAACAGGGCCAUCCGCCAAUACCUAGAUACUAUUCUUGAGAUCAAAGUGUUUCCCUUCUUUAAUACUAUCUGUAUAUUACGGAAGUUCUUUCCACACAAUAUACCCCUCCUGCAAAAGUUUAUGAUUCACUUCAGCUUAAAUUCAAGUUUGCAGGGAAUUCAGAAAACUCCUCUUUUCGUAGAAGCAAUCAGUGCUUAUUGGUUUCCGUAUCCUUUUGUCCAAUCCUUUGAUGAUGUGGCUGUUUUCAAGUCCUAUAUGGAAUGCCUUUUCUUAAAGCACAAAACUUCAGGUGAACUUCUCAAAGCAGUUGUGUCCUCCUGUGGUGUGCUGGCUUUAAAAGGGUUCUUUUCAUCUCGCUUUGAGUUUAGUGACGAUGACCUUAUAGAAGCAGGGGUCGAUGAAGCUGAAGAGUUAACCAUGUACCUGAUGAGUAAAUUCACGGCCCAGAGACUGAGGCCAGUCUAUCAGUUUUUAGACCCUGCAUUCCAAGAAUUUCUUGCUGGGAUGAAGCUGAUUUUACUCUUGGAUUCCGAUAGGCAAGAAGAUCAACAUUUGGGGCUUUAUUAUUUGAAACAAAUUAACUCAUCCAUGAUGACUAUAAGUUCCUGUAACAACUUUUUGAAGUAUGUCUCCUGCUACCCUUCAACAAAAGCGGCGCCAAAAAUUGUGUCUCACUUGCUUCAUUUGGUGGAUAAUAAAGAAUCAUUGGAGAAUAUAUCUGAAAAUGAUGACAAACUGAAGCACCAUCCGGAAGUUUUUGAGAGGGAGCUGUUAUUAAGGCAGCUGUUCUGUCAGUCAUCUCCAGGUUACUUUUCAGUGGUUUCAAAACAUUUACUGGUUCUUGCCUUAAAAAUUGCAUAUCAAAGCAAUAGUGUCGCUGCAUGUUCUCCAUUUAUUUUGCAAUUCCUCCAAGGGAGAACCCUGACUUUGGAUGUGCUUAAGUUACACUAUUUUUUUGACCACCCAGAAAGCCUGUUACUGUUAAGGAGCAUCCAGUUCUCCAUAAGAGGGAAAAAAAGGUCACCUAGAGUAGAAUAUUCAGUCCUGGAAACAUGUUUAGACAAAUCACAGGCACCAACUAUAGAUCAAGACUAUACUUCUGCCUUUGAACCUCUGGAUGAAUGGGAGCGGAAUUUAGCUGAAAAAGAAGAAAACGUGAUGAGGUUUCUGGAUAUGCAACGCAAUGCACCACCAGACAUCAACACUGGCUACUGGUUACUUUCUCCAAAGCUUUACAAGAUUCCUGUGCUGGAAGUCCACGUAACUGACAGUGACGGUUUGGACCAGGAGAUGCUCCGGGUUCUAAUGGCAGUCUUCUCAGCUUCACAGCACAUUGAACUUCUUUUAAUGAACUGCAGGGGUUUUAUUGAAAGCCUCCGCCCGGCUCUUGAACAGUAUAAGGCCUCUUUCACCAAGUGCUCCAUAAGCAAAUUUGAGCUGACUGCGGUAGAACAGGAAUUGCUUCUCAACCUGUCUUCCCUGGAAUCUCUUGAAGUUUCAGGGACAACCCACGUACAAGAUCAACUCUUUCCUAAUCUGGACAAGUUCCCAUGCCUGAAAGAAUUGUUUGUGAAUCUGGAUAAAGAAAAUGUUUUCUCAGUCAUUUCUGAAGAAUUCCUAAAUCUCCACUAUAUGGAAAAAUUAUUAAUCCAAAUUUCAGGGGAGGAUAGUCCUUCCAAACUAGUUAAAUUAAUUCAGAAUUCUCCAAACCUUCAUGUUUUCCAUCUGAAAUGUAAUUUCUUUUCGGAUUUUGAGUCUCUCAUGACUGUACUGGCUUCCUGCAAGAAACUCAAAGAAAUUAAGCUUUCUGGAGCAUUUUUUAAAGCCAUCCCAUUUGUCAUCACUUUGCCAAAUUUUACUUCUCUGAAGAUAUUAAAUCUUGAAUUCCAACAAUUUCCUGAUAAGGAAACAUCUGAAAAUUUUGCCUACACUUUAGGUUCUCUUAAUAACCUGGAAGAAUUGAUCCUUCCUACUGGGGAUGGGAUUCAUCAGGUGGCCAAACAGAUCAUCCAGCAGUGUCAGCAUCUUCAACAUCUCCGAGUUCUCUCAUUUUUCCAAACUUUGAAUGAUGACAGUAUAAUGGAAAUUGCCAAGGUAGCAAUCAAUGGAGGAUUCCAGAAACUUGAGAACUUAAAUCUUUCAAUCAAUCACAAGAUUACAGAGGAAGGAUAUAGAAAUUUCUUUCAAGUACUAGACAACCUGCCAAACUUGCAAGAGUUGACUAUUUCCAGGCAUUUCACAGAAUGUAUCAAAGCUCAGGCCACAACAAUCAAGUCUUUGAGUCAAUGUAUGUUACGGCUGCCAAGCCUCAUCAGACUUAACAUGUUAAGCUGGCUCCUGGAUGCAGAAGACAUCACACUGCUUACUUCUACGAAAGAAAGACAUCCUCAAUCUAAACUCUUAACUGUUUCCUGGAGAUGGGCACUGCCAUUCUCUCCAAUCAUUCAGAAAUAGAUUGAGCCAGAUACUGCUGACUCAAGAAAAUUUUUGUCAACAAUUCUAAAAACAUAAUUAUUCAAAAACAUUAAAUAUUAUAUACAGAAGAAUAUCUGUAAAAUAUGUAAGGCAUAUGUAAAAAAAAAACACAA